AUGUCACACGAGGCAAAGACAGCAGAGUCAGCAGUAUCAUCGCAAACACCCACCAAAACCACCUACAACUUGCCGCGCCCGAAACCAGCAUACUACCCACACGAAAACUCGCCGCUCUACGCCAACCGCGCCCUCUACACCGCGAUCCACGACGCCCGCAAGACCCUCGCAUCGCGCCACCGCUGCGAACCGCGAUCCGGCAUCGCGGUCCGCAUCCCCGCCAAAUCCAUCUUCCGCAUCACGACCCCCCUGGGACCACAAGUAUGCGACUUGAACAUCUGGUCCUUCGCUGACACCCGAGAACGAUUCUGGGCCGCGCGCACGCGUCAACUCCACUCAGCGCACCUAUCCACGUUCGACCGCUUGUGGUCCAACCUCCCCUUUUUGCGGCCCCUCUGCACCAUCACGCACGACACCAUGGCGGCAUCGGGCGCACGGCAUGAUGAGCACGGCGGGCGCGUGCAUGACACCUUGGGUACGCGCUGUGAUCCUUACGUCGACAAAUUGAUCCUGGGGCAAGACAACGAUUACCACUGCCAUCUGAACUUGACGCGCGCCGUUACGCGUUGGGGCUUGGGGGAGAUGGACGUGCAUGAUGUGUUGAAUGUGUUUCAGGUGACGGGGUUGAAUGAAUACGAUCAGUAUUUCAUGGAGACGUGUCCUGCGCGAGCUGGAGAUUAUUUGGAGAUGUUUGCCGAGGUCGAGUUGUUGGUUGCGAUUAGUGCGUGCCCGGGUGGCGAUUUGAGUUUGUGGGGGUGGGGCGAGACGGGAGAGGGCGAAGAGGGGGACAUGAGGGAUUGUUGUCGACCUUUGGAGAUUGAGGUUUAUCUGUUGGAUGAUGAGGCUGCGGUGUUGAAGGGUUGGAGCGAGCCUAAAGUCGUUGAUUACCGGGGCAACCAUGGGUUGAAAAGGGAGUAA